CGAUGGUUAUACACUCAACAAUCCUCAUUGUGUUUUACGCCAGUGCCAUGGUUAUUUUUGCCUAUAUCUAGCUCUGAUGUUCUACAUUAAUCUUCCCGUUUAACAUUUACACAUAGCUUAGGAAACUCGCUCGAGCUCUAUCUCCCUCCUGCACUAGUCCAAUAUGGGUUCGCGUGCUUCCGAGCCACGACUGGCGUUAACACCAAGGCCGUCAUCCUCGCCUCAAUUUGACUCGUCUCGCUAUCGUGUUAUCACAGCGAUUUGUCCCAAGGAAGCAGGGCCUGAUACUAAUGUUUUUAAUUGUAUACAGUGUUACGACCCUUCUAACAAUACUUGGAACCAUGUCAGCUUCAUUCCUGACCUACUCGAAAACCAUGUCUUAAAAGAUUUUGCCUUGGUUUCUCUGAGGGAGUCGAUUUACAUUAUCGGCGGGAGGCUGUGGAACAAAAGGAAGCCUCGAAAUUCGAGUGAAUCCGAUGUUGGUGUCAAAGUGUCGGCUUUGGUGCUUCAAUAUAACAUUUUGUUAGACCAAUGGUCGAAAUGUGCACCGUUGAGGACACCACGGUACGAUUUCGCAUGUUGUGUUUGUAAUAACAAAAUAUAUGUGGCGGGGGGAAAGUCCAGUUUGCAUAGUCCCCGAGGAAUGUCGUCGGCCGAGGUCUACGAUCCGGCUCAUCGACAAUGGACUCCGUUGCCAAGCAUGAGCACCCUGAGAUACAAAUGUGUCGGCGUGACAUGGCAAGGUAAAAUCUACGUGGUGGGCGGUUUCGCCGAAAAAGGUUUUUCGGAGCCGAACAUGCUGACGUUCUCUCCCCAACGUAGCUCCGCCGAGGUUUUUGACACACGGGCGGAGAAAUGGGAUAUCGAGGCCGGGAUGUGGCAAUUGGACGUGCCGCCGAACCAAAUCGUAGAGGUCGAAGGCAAGUUGUUCAGCUCCGGAGAUUGCCUCAUCCCUUGGAAAGGACACAUUGAGGCCUACGAAGGGAAACUCAACAUGUGGGAUGAAGUCGACGGGUCUCGUUUUAAUCCGCCGAUCUCCACGAUGGAACGAAUUUACUUAACAAUGGCACCCAUUGGGACACAACUGUAUUUCUUUGCAGGGUAUAGAAAGGCUGAGGAACCGUCAAAAACACUUUCGAUGGUUUAUGUAUUUGAUACAUCCGCCACCAUUGAUGCCUGGAAAAGCUUAGAGCCGAUGGAGGAAGAAGGUGAGAAAGAGCUUUGCAGCCAUUGCUGUGUCGUUCAACUCUGGUGA